AGAGAAUCGCAGCACUUCGACUGGUACUUCAUACUUAAACUUGACCAAUACAAGUGAUUAUUUCUUUUGCGCGUUGCAUCAAGGAGAAGUGCGAAACCUUUGUGCGCCUCGCUAAAAUUAGCGCGUCUUGAUAGGACAUCAGAGUGCUCUGACCUGUUCUCUUGCGUACGUCCUCUGCGCAAGUCUAUCGUCAAUCAGCGACGUCUUCAAGUACGAUUGCAUCAUCGCCUUUCCCUUGCCGUUUCUUUCUUUCUCUCGUGGAACUCACCAGCAUUUGCUCCGGCAGUCUCACCUUUUCGGACAUUUCCUUGAAAAUUGAUAAUUUUAAAAAGAUUCUUUUUGAAAUCAAAAAUUACUUUUAUCCCCGUUGUUGUCGAGAUAAUGAGCUUUGGAAAAGACUACACGGAGGAGGAGCUGGCGCAGCUCGCGGAGCUGGAAAGCGUCUUCGACCGCCUCUACCCAGCGAAUUCAGCGCAAGUGAAGUUUGAUGUCAGCGUUGCUCUCCUCCGCACCUACUUUGUGCGCUCCCCGCACCAAGCACGAGGCCCUGGAUCGCAGUGGUGUGCGCUUUUGCCGGAGAUCCACGGUGAGGCGGUCGUGCGUCUCGGGCAGAACUUUCGCAAAACGAAAAACCUGGCGAAUCGCCUGCUGGUAUGGCGCACAGCAUUCGAACCCUCGGACAGGCUGAACGGAAGCGCCGCGGUCAGGUGCGAAGGCAAGAAGACGUUGGCGAAAGCCUGGAUGAACGGCUUGGUGGAGUACUAUAAGGAGCGCCUAGAGAAGUGCUUUGUGCAGCUCAAUAUUGGCAAGACUGAGGCUGAGUGUACCGCUGCGCAAGCCCAACAAGACGCCGGCCUUCGUGGAAGGUCUGCCGUGCGUGCAUCGGAGUCGGUGGACGCCGAGCAGCUCGUCAAGCGCUGCAUCUCCGGCGCACGCGCCAUCGUCAACCCCCAGAUGAGUGCCAGCCCCUACUUCGUGCGCGCCGUCUCCGCGUGUCACGAGAUGGUGCAGGUGCUGCAACUCGUGCAGGGUCUCCUCUACAUCUUCACCGCGCAAUACAUCGACCGAGCCGGCAACGACGGUGGUGGUGGGGCGCGCCGAGCUAGCACGGCGGAGCUGUAUCUCUUCGAUGACUACCUCGCCACCCUGCGCACCCCGCAGUGGCUCUUUCGUUUUAUUUUCCUUUUCCUUGGUGCCAUGAACCUUCUGCAGGAUCCACGACGCGACGCGGCGGUGCUGAAUGGCAGCCAACUGGACAACGCGAUUCAUUGCAUUGCGUGUCUGGUGGGGGAGGUGGACGGCAAGCGGAAGAACAGCGAUGUAAAGUCGACGUUGGAUGCGUUGGUGCUGGGACACGUGAAGAACUCCUGCCUGUCAGAAUUCCCGCCGCAGCAGACGCUGGACAUGCUUGCCCAUUCGUGCCAUAGCGGCACUAACAGCAAUAACACUGGAGAGGAGGCUGCCGGCACCUUGACAGACCCGCUCGCACGUUGCGGUCCGCUCCUGCAGCAGCUCUUGGUGCGCUACCCAAGCUUCAUGGCCGGCAUCACGAACUUCACGCGUCGCAGCGGUGUGGAAGAGUGGGGGGUGUCGGUGAUGCAGACGGUGCUCUUCUGCUGGGACGUGCACACGCCUCCGCUGGCCACCUCGGCAGAGGUGGGAACGGUGCGCUACUGUGUCCCUGGGUCGUCAGGGAGCAGCGAGUGCGUUGGCAAGGAAUUUGCCUCGACGGUGGUGUACAGCAUGAUAAGAGAAGCACUUCGACCGUUGCUGUCGGCGCUGCUAUCUAUGACGGACUCCACAAUCAGCAGCAAAAAAGGCGUUGCAGUAGCAAGAGCAGCAGCGUACGGGCCCUCCGAUGAUGCAGGCGCGGAAGAGGCGGCAGCUGGCAGCGGCGAUGCAUCUCCUCUGCUGUCGUCUGCCGAGCAGCAGCUCUGUGCGCUGCUGCUGGGCGUUGUUGAGUGGAUCGACUCCGUUGCCUUCUCCGAUGCCGCUCGCAUGACACGUUGGAGCGCCUUGGAUGUCGGGGUGCAGGUGAUGCGAGAGUUCAACUUGGGCCGGUGGUGCAUGGGCCGCGUGUUGCGGGAGGUGCUGCAGGAGGGGAUCGCAGCAGCGCUGCAACAGCUCGAGGCGCAGGUCCGCGCCGCUCCUUCAACCGGGGCAACAACAACAGCAGCACCGGAUGAUCCGUUGGCUGCCGUGGCCACAUCGCUUCUGCGGUACCUGCUGCGUGUGGAGCGGAUAUGGUACGCGCUAACGGAGCACACGAUUGAGCUGGACAACGCGGCCUUUGACUCCAUGCGCGCUAUGGGAGUGAAGACGAUGCCAGAGGCCGUCGCACCAGUGGACGUCGCUGCGGCCGACAACACGCAAGGCACGGCGUCGCGCGCGAGCUACGAUACCGGCCUCUUCAAGGAUUACAAGUACGAGUUCUACGAAGCCGUGCAGAUGGCGAUGAGGGCGAAGUGGCCCAAAGCCUACGCAGACCUCAUCACGGACCCUCUGCUGUACAGCAUCCACGGCUAUCUGGUGCGCGAGGAGAGCGCGAUGCAGCGGGGAGUGGGACCACGACUCAGCGGCGGUGGUGGUGGAGUUCUGGCGGCUCGUCGUAGUGCUCCUGUCCCCCUGGGAGCUGACGGGCGUGGGGCAGGUGUGAAGCGGCCACUUCCGCCGGGGCGUCCUCCUCGGGACGGAGACGCCGGCCCCGCCACACGCGGACCGCCGGAGCCGGAGCCGGAGGCGGUGGUGCUCACCUCCCAGAACGACCUCCACGGUGCCCUGCGCCUCGUGCGCUGCAUCGUGAACCGCGAUCACUUCAUCCACCGCUUCACCGUGACGGUUCGCGAGCGCCUGCUGACGCGGCCCGCGCCCGACGUCAUCUCCGACGCCGACCUGGAGAAGAACAAGAAGCGGUGCGAGCUGGAGGUAGAUAUGUUCCUGGCGUCGUGGCUCAACGACACGGCGCUGCUCAAGACGGUGCGGGAGCUGCACUCCAACUACACACCGCAGACGACUACGUUUAGCACGGCAGCUGGCGGUGGCACGCAGGUCGUGGCAGCAGGUCACGGCAAGGACUUCAAGCUCUCCAGCACCAUUUUGGACUGGCGGCUGUGGGGCGACAAGGACACCGCAGCGGCCGCGACGACGGCGACGGCGACGACGCUGCCGAACACCGUGGCGGAGUUGCGCGUGGUGGUGGCCACGCAGACCGCCACGCAGUCCACUGCCGCCAAUGCCCCGUUGCCCUUCCCCAGCGACGUCCUUCCGUACCUCGAGCAGGUGGAGCAGCGCUACAACAACGACCACGGCGCCCGCACGCUGCGCUGGGACUGGCAGAACCACGUCUUCACCACCUUCACUCUGCUGUACCCGAAGGAGAACGGCCGCGUGACCACCGUAAGCGGUCCGUUGAUGCUCCAGCGUCUCUUUCUCGCGAUUGCGGCCUACGGUCGCGCCGGCGUGGAGCUCGGGACGCUGGCGAAGCGCGCCGGCAUGGAGGAGAGGCGUGUGUACACGAUGUUGAAGCGCUGCGUGGACCGCGACCGCCUCCUCGUGCGGGUGGGCGAGAAGAGAGACGACGGAGCGACCUCGCCGUCCCCACCGCCCACCCCCUCACCCCCGCCCGCCGCGUCUCCGUCGAUGCGGCUGGCGCUCAACUACGACUACACCCGACCGCCCAACCUCCCGCGUGGCGACUUCACCUAUUGGCCCAACGUGGAGCGCCGCCGCUUUGCCACGCGUGGUGUUGACCAGGACGCCACCGUCAAGAAACGGCGUAGCAUUAUCCAGACAUCGAUCAUGCAGGUCAUGAAGCAGGUGCAGCGCAUCCAGCACGACGACCUAUACGCGAUGGUGCGUGAGAAAAAUGCGAAACGCUUUGAGGUGACAGUGCGCAACUUCAAGCAGGAAAUUGAAGAGCUGAUUGAGAAGAACUUCAUGGCUCGCGCGGAAGGUGACUCCAACGAAUACAUCUUCAGCGCGUAG